AGUAAGAAGAAUGGCUUAUAGCUCUCAUUACUGGGAUGCAGGUGUGAAACAAGUGAUUUGUGUAGAAGCUGGCAGGAUGGGUAUAGUACAAGAACACGUGCCCAGAGGAUGUAUUGAAAGUUGGAUUUAAGUCUCUGAGUAGUUUAUGCUAGGCGGUAGCAUUGAACAAGAUGAAGUCUCUGGUCAUAGAGGUAGAAACUGCCCAGAUUCUGAGGAAGUGUGAGGGAGAGCAUUAGAUGUUACUGUUGGGGAUUUGGGAAGGCCAGGAAACGUUACUCAAUGCCCAAGGAGGGUAGGAGAAAGGUUUGGGCUUAGCUUUGAGGACGGAGGGAACUGGUGGGUGGAUAUGAGGAUGGUUAUGCUAAAAGCAGAGUGGUUUCAACUAUUGAUUCUCUCAAUUCCAAACCAGGGGCACAGUAGUCCUUACAUGUUUUUACAAUUAGAAUCUAGGUCUGGACUGGGUAAAGUGAAGUUGUGAGAUGUAAAAAGAAGAUAAUGAAGACCAGUAGCUACCCUACCAAGAAGUCUCCAUAGACAGAGAAGUUGCUUUCUUGAGAGUCACUUCCCCUAGAGACUAGUGGAAGUUGAAACUUACCGUUGAAGAUGGCAGACCCAGAUGUUCUCACUGAAGUUCCAGCAGCAUUGAAGCGGUUAGCCAAGUAUGUCAUCCGGGGCUUUUAUGGCAUUGAGCAUGUGUUGGCCUUGGACAUCUUGAUCCGGAACCCUUGUGUAAAAGAAGAGGACAUGCUGGAGCUGCUCAAGUUUGACCGGAAGCAGCUUCGAUCCGUUUUGAAUAAUUUAAAGGGAGACAAGUUCAUCAAAUGCAGAAUGAGGGUAGAGACUGCUGCAGAUGGGAAGACCACCCGCCAUAACUACUACUUCAUCAAUUACCGCACUCUUGUUAAUGUAGUGAAGUAUAAGCUGGACCACAUGAGAAGGAGGAUUGAAACGGAUGAGAGAAACUCCACCAAUCGGGCUUCCUUCAAAUGUCCUGUCUGCUGCAGCACUUUCACUGACCUGGAAGCUAAUCAGCUGUUUGAACCCAUGACAGGAACUUUCCGCUGCACCUUUUGCCAGGCAGAGGUAGAAGAAGAUGAAUCAGCAAUGCCCAAAAAAGAUGCGCGCACACUUUUGGCAAGGUUUAAUGAACAAAUUGAGCCCAUUUAUGCAUUGCUUCGAGAGACAGAGGAUGUAAACUUGGCCUACGAAAUACUUGAACCAGAACCCACGGAAAUCCCAGCCCUGAAGCAGAGCAAGGACCGAGCAGCAAGUGCUGCUGGAGCGGCUGGCCUGGCAGGUGGGCACCACCGGGAAGCAUGGACCAACAAAGGCCCCUCUUAUGAAGACUUGUAUACUCAGAAUGUUGUCAUCAGCAUGGACGACCAAGACGAUGUGCAUCGCACCUCGCUGGAAGGGAAAGCCGCCAAAGAGAGACCCAUUUGGUUGAGAGAGAGCACUGUCCAGGGGGCGUACGGUUCUGAAGAGAUGAAGGAAGGUGGCAUCGACAUGGACACAUUUCAGGAUCGAGAGGAAGCCCGUGCGGGGCCUGAUGACAACGAGGAGGUCAUGCGAGCUCUACUCAUUCAUGAGAAGAAGACGUCUUCGGCGACAGCUGGCUCAGUGGGAGCAGCCGCUCCGGUGACUGCUGCCAACGGCAGUGACUCUGAGAGUGAGACCAGUGAGUCGGAUGACGACUCUCCACCCCGGCCAGCAGCUGCAGCUCCUCAUCACCGCGAUGAAGAUGAGGAAGAUGACGAGUUUGAGGAAGUAGCAGAUGACCCCGUUGUUAUGGUGGCUGGCUGCCCAUUCUCCUACAGUGAGGUUAGCCAGCGGCCAGAGUUGGUAGCUCAGAUGACACCAGAAGAAAAGGAAGCCUACAUAGCCAUGGGCCAGCGGAUGUUUGAGGAUCUCUUCGAGUGAACUUCCCUGCUUUUCCUGUGUUAGCUUACUUCAGAGAGAAACUUCCCGGCCAGGGCUGAGGGGCUUUUCUUUAUGUAAAGCACCCGGUAGUCUGGUACAGAAGUGUAGUAGGAGAGAAAAUCUGAUUUUUUUUUAAUGUAAGAAACUUCCCAAAAAGGUAGAUAGGUUGAAAGUAUUCAGUUCCCUCAUAUUACUAAAGUAUUAAUAUUUUUCUCUAUUUCCUUAUCUAAUUUCUUCCUUUCCCUCUUAAGACAUAUUUUUCUCACUCUGACUAAAAUGUUCCUGUCUACCUUCAGAACCCUGCUAGGGAUAAACUUACCCUAGUGUUGUAGCUGCAUUGUGGCCGCUUGGCACGAUUUGAGACGAUGCCUUAUAUUCCUGUCAACCAAAGCGGCUUACCAAGAAGCAGAUCACUGCGUAGGGGAGCACCCACACAUUUCAUCUUCCUCAGAAUUGAGUUUGGGGUGCGCCUGUGAAAUGAGUGAGAGAGUACAGGAGAGAGGGGUACCUGAAUCUUGGAUCCACGUCUGUAGAACCAAUAAAGCUGGUAGAUUGUUUCGUUUUCAUAGACCUUUUGGGCUGUACUUCAGGUGACAGAGUGACAGAUGACAAAGCAGGUUAGUUCUACCCUCAUGGAGGAAUUCCAGCAGCACAUGUGCCAAGGGUAAGGAGUCUGUGUCCAGGGUUGAAGAACAGAGAGCACUGGGAACCAAGCCUUAUGCUGCGUCUGGUCAGUGUGAUUUACUUGGGAAUCUCUGACGUAAAGCGAGACUGGCCCCACUCCCCAGCGCUUGCUCUACAGGCCUUUGCCAGGGCUCUGCAUUAAGGAGCCCAUUCCAGUACAGAGCAGUGCUGAUUCCUCCACUCCCCCAACUCUUCAAAGGCCACCAGAGCCUUUAUCUGUCUCUGAGCCUCCUCUGACAUCGUCCUUCAGUGCCUCAGACUACAUUGUUGAGCAUUGUAACCAAGGAACAGAGUCAUCAGCACGGUGUUCUUCUUGAAGGCAGAACUUUAAAAAUAAAGGACUUCCAUAUAAGGUCUACAACAAUUAAAGUUUUACAGUAUUUCUCCUUGCAUUGUGACUUUUAGUUAUCAUUCUGUAGUAUAUGUGUGAAGCUGGGGACGUUUUAGGGAAUGUGAGCCUCAUGUAGAGAGACGACAGACAUUUACCUGGUUGUUGGAUGACUGAAGAUUGACAGUCUGCGUACUGCAGGUUAGAGCUGGUUAGUUUAUCGCUCUAAAGAUGUUAGAGGCUUCUCAUGGUCGUCAUCUAAUAGCAUAGGUGCAAUUUGAUUUAAACUUUUUUUGGCACUGAAUUGUCUUAAAAAACCUUUUUAUGUAUUUAUCUUAAAUACAUGAACUGUUCAACUUUAAAAUUUUGUUUUUUAAACUUUCAUGGUUGUAGAAAAAUUUAAUUUUUAAAACAUUAAUUUUAAAAUGUA